UUUCCGUGAGGUUUAUACCGUAUUCUGCCUCCCCCUUCUCUUCUCCUUCGCUCUUUUCCUCAAAACCCUAGCUGUUUUCUUGGGUUUAUCUUCCCCUCUCUCUUCUUCCAGGAUUCUACCCCAAAAUGAUGAAUUACUUGUUCCGGAGGUCGGGCCUCGAUCGCCUCCUCGGCGUCGAGGCAAACCCUAGCCGCCCUCGUCUCGUCGGAAUUACUCCGUUUGCCGUCGUUGAUCCCGUCGGAGCCCGUCUUUUCCGCCCCCGCCGCCGUUUCCCGUCCAUCCCAUCCGUUUCAGGGCUCCGCGGCCGUGGAGAAGCUCGGGUUUGGUGGCCUUCGAAGAAGGGAGUUCCAUGUCUCGGCGGGGCCGCUGGGGUUCAGGGCUACGGACGUCGCGCGAGCGGAGUACGCUGUGGAGGAGUUCUAUGAUGAGGAGAAGGGAGUGCAAAGGAGGGGACGAGGGGCUGGAGAUCGCCAGGCUAGGGAUCUCGCAGGAGAUUGUCUCUGAUCUCGCGAGGAAGGGAAUCACGAAGCUUUUUCCUAUACAGAGAGCUGUCCUUGAACCAGCAAUGCAAGGACAAGACAUGAUUGGUCGGGCGAGGACUGGGACGGGGAAAACUCUUGCUUUUGGUAUUCCUAUCAUGGAUAAAAUUGUCCGCUUUAAUGCUAAGCAUGGGCGAGGUAGGAAUCCUUUGGCCAUAGUCUUGGCACCUACUAGAGAACUUGCUCGACAAGUGGAGAAGGAAUUCAGGGAAUCUUCCCCCUUGGACACGCUCUGUGUCUAUGGAGGUGUACCAAUUCAAAGUCAAAUGAGAACACUUGAUUAUGGUGUUGAUGUUGUAGUAGGAACGCCUGGACGAAUUAUCGAUUUGCUUAAGAGGGGUGCCUUAAAUUUGUCAGAAGUCCAAUUUGUUGUUCUUGAUGAAGCUGAUCAGAUGCUUGCUGUGGGGUUUGAUGAAGAUGUAGAGAUAAUAUUAGAAAAAUUACCCCCGAACCGUCAAAGCAUGAUGUUCUCUGCAACAAUGCCAAGUUGGAUUAGAAGGCUUACCCAGAAAUACCUAAAAGAUCCAGUUACUAUUGACCUUGUUGGUGACUCUGACCAAAAAUUAGCGGAAGGAAUUACUCUUUACUCAAUUGCUUCAGAUAAUUAUUCAAAGCCAUCAAUUCUUGGGCCAUUAAUAAAGGAACAUGCUAAAGGAGGCAAAUGCAUAGUGUUCACUCAAACAAAACGUGAUGCAGAUCGGCUGGCUUAUGUUAUGGGUCGGAGUUUUGGAUGUGAGGCUCUUCAUGGUGACAUUUCACAGAAUCAGAGAGAGAGAACACUUGCUGGCUUUCGGGAUGGUCGCUUUAAUAUUUUAAUAGCUACGGAUGUUGCUGCUCGUGGAUUGGAUAUACCUAAUGUUGAUUUGGUGUUACACUAUGAACUACCGAACACAUCUGAGCUAUUUGUUCAUAGAUCCGGUCGAACGGGGCGAGCUGGGAAGAAAGGAAGUGCCAUUCUUAUUUACACUAAUGAGCAAACUCGAGCUGUCAGGGGCAUUGAGCAAGAUGUUGGAUGCAAGUUUACCGAGCUUCCAAGAAUUACAGUAGAGGGUGGAGGUGAAGACAUGUUCGGUGGCAUGGGUGGUCGGUUUGACACCUACGGAGGUGGCCGAAUGGGUGGCUCAGGUUUUAGUCGUGGAGGUGGUUAUGGUGGCUCUGGAUUUGGCCGUUCUCGCAGUUUUGAUGGUUCUGGUGGCUUUGGUGGUUCCUCUGGCCGCAGCACUAGAUAUGGCGAAUCUGGGUCAGGCCGUUUUGGUUCCUUUGGUGGUUCCAGUUCAGGUCAAUAUGGUGGGUUUGGUGGUUCUUCCUUUGGCAGAUCUGGUGGUUUUGGUAACUCAGGUUCAGGGCGUGCUGGUGGUUUUGGAGAUUCCGCUUCCAGGCGUUCUGGUAGUUUUGGUGACUCUGGUUCAGGGCAUUUUGGUAGCUCCGGUGACUCAAGCUCAAGACAUUUUGGUAGUUUUGGCAACUCUGGUUUUGACCGUUCUAGCAGUCUUGGUGGCAACUCCAGCCCAAAUGGUGGCUUCGGUGGAUCUGGUGCAAGCAAUUUUGGCACUUAUGGUGGAGGUUCUGGAAAGGAUAAUGCUGAUGAUGCUUGGCCAGGAAGAUCUUUUAUGAGUUCAUCUUAGGCUUGUAUUCUACUUAAUAUUGAAAUUGUAGUGGAUGACAGUAUUCCUUAGAGGUCUGAUUUCCAGACAACAGCAACAGAAGCCAGUUGGCUUCGGUGAGGGAUCAGCAUCCGGUUUCAUUUCUCCACCAAGAGGGCCUCAGGACAAGUUUACAGCUAGAUAUACGAGGCUAUAAACUAUGAAGCUUCAGGUUCUUUUAACUACCAAGGAUAGUAAUUUUUAUGUUUCUACCAUCAAUUGAUGUAUGAUUGGUGAUUUUUGGGAGCUGUAUACUUGUAGGCUACACCAAGAAUCAUAUGACUUUUAAAAUUUUUGUUCGUCCUGUUUUGUCUUAUUAUAUUCCUAUCAUGAAAGAGGAUUGCAUUUUGAUAGUGUUUGUUGGCUGACUGAUCGUA